AUGGAUCCCGGAUCUAGUCGACAACCCGAUACAGAUGACAAUCGCCGCCGUCCCCCAGCCCUUCGAGAAAUCUUAGCACAGAUAGCAGCUCAACGUUCCAAAUCUACACCUUGCCUCCACCCCCCCGCCCGAGAUUGGAAAGAGAGAGCAGCCUCGAUUACAUCCAAUGUUCCUUGGCGUCCUGUUCCUUAUUCGGUUUGGAGUAAGUAUCCUCCGCCGCCGCCGGAGCAUUGGCCCCGCUGGCCCGGCGGUAUUGUUCGAUGCCCACACUCCCAUUAUUACCCCCAUCUUGUUAAUGGAGGAAAAGUCAUGAAAGUACCUGACCCUCGUUUGGCCCCUCCCCGCUCCAAGCCAUAUGAAUAUGAUGUAAGCUAUUAUCCCGAAGAAAAGGGGAACACAGCUCUGGCUUUGGCUGUACCACAAGGUGUUCUGGUAGCUAUUACUCAUCAUAGUCAAGCUCCUCCCCAGCCCAUUAUUUCUCUUGGUCCUACCGGAGGAAAGGAGGUCAUGAUGGUCACCAUUUCUGGAGGAGAGGCUCGGAACUGCACUCAGUUGCUACGACUUCUGGAGGAUAGGUGCUGUAGGCUCGUUCAGUUGGGGGAGUUAAUGUGUUUCGACAUGGUAAUUAAGGAGAUGACCAAUAUUCUCUCUACACGCCCUGAAGUGGGACUGAUCGCUGGGUGGGACCGUGAUGCAAUGGCUCCUGCUGUGUACCAUGUGGAUGGUAUGCAAGGGCUGAUUAAAGGGGAAAUAUUGGCUACUGGAUCUGGGUUUAGAGACCUGUAUGCUUUUCUGGACUGGGAGACCCGGAUAAGUGGGAAAAAAAACUUUCCUGAUUCUCCGUCUUGGUUGGACAACGUACUUGAAGACCCUUCUCAAAAGUAUAGCUCUUGGUCUUGUUGGUCUCUUCGUGAAGCCUCAAAGAUGGCCCUAAAAGGGAUAUGCAGGGUUGCAAAUACUACUAGGAAUGGCCCAGACUUAGUUACCAUGUUCUGUGUAGGGCGUAAUAGAUCUUUUUCUACUGUUGAUCGUGACGUGCGAGUCGAAGAGGUUCUGCGGAGUUGUGGGAUGUCUAUCUGUGUGCAUGGAAAGCCCAUAUAUACAGAUGAAGAGGUAAGGCGGAUGCAGGAGCCUUCAUCAGUUGCUGGGUGCAGUUAUUAA